AUGUCUGAAGUCACUGUCAACGUCAAGGCCUCCAACGACCAAAAGUAUGUCAUCACCCUCAAGACCACAGACACCGUCCUCGACUUCAAGAACAAGAUCGCUGAAAACUGCGACACCCCCGCUGACAGAAUGCGUCUGAUCUACUCUGGUCGCGUCCUCAAGGACCAGGACUCCAUCGAGUCCUACAAGAUCGCAGAGGGGCACACCGUUCAUAUGGUCCGCAGUGCCGUUGCUGCUGCUGCUGGCUCUGCUGCACCUGCUGCUGCUGCUGCCACUACUACACCUGCUGCGCCUACUACACCUGCGGCUGCUACCACUAUUACUCCCGCUGCUGCUACAGAUCCCUUCGGAACUGGAGCCGGAGCAUUGCCCAACCCUUGGGCAAACAUGAUGGGCGGCGGCAUGGGAGGUAUGGGCGCUAUGGGCGGUAUGGGCGGUAUGGGAGGCAUGGGCGGUAUGGGAGGUAUGGGCGGCGGCAUGGACCCCAACAUGAUGAACCAAAUGAUGCAGGACCCCAACUUUGCCCAGUACAUGUCCACUAUGCUUCAGAACCCCCAGGUGCUCGAGUCGAUGAUUUCGAUGAACCCUCAGUUGGCGGCCAUGGGACCCGAGGUCCGUCAGAUGCUCCAGUCGCCUCAGUUCCAGCAAAUGAUUUCCAACCCAGAGAUGCUUCGUCAGGUCGCGCAGAUGAGUCAACAGAUGGGUGGUGGUAUGGGCGGCAUGGGUAUGGGAGGGAUGGGAGGUAUGGGAGGUGGAAACAUGUACAACCCCUGGGGAACGACCGCACCUGCUACUGCUACCACGCCUGCUUCAACGACAACACCCCCUACUUCUGAAGCUGCUGCAACACCCGUCACACCCGCAUUCAACCCUUUCGCAGCCCUCGGGGGAGCAGGUGUUAAUCCCGGAGCAGGAGGAGCCCCCAACCCUAUGGCACAAUACUGGGCACAGCAGAUGGCAGCAAUGGGCGCAGGAGCAGGCAUUGGAGCAGCCGCCCCCGCUCAGCCUCAGGAGCCACCAGAGGUCCGUUUCCAGGUUCAGCUUCAGCAACUGAACGAGAUGGGAUUCUGGGAUGCUGCCAAGAACAUUCGCGCUCUUUUGGCCGCUGGAGGAAACGUUAAUGCCGCCAUUGAGAUGCUUUUCUCUGGUAGCAUUUAA